AUGGGGGACCCCUUCAUUCGCCACAUCGCCCUCCUGGGCUUCGAGAAGCGCUUCGUCCCCAGCCAGCACUACGUCUACGUGUUCCUGGUGAAGUGGCAGGACCUGUCUGAGAAGGUGGUCUACCGGCGCUUCACUGAGAUCUACGAAUUCCAUAAAAUCUUAAAGGAGAUGUUUCCUAUCGAGGCGGGGGACAUCACCCCAGAGAACAGGAUCAUCCCCCACCUGCCAGCCCCGCGGUGGUUUGACGGGCAGCGGGUGGCCGAGAGCCGCCAGGGCACCCUCACCGAGUACUGCAACUCGCUCAUGAACCUGCCUGGCAAGAUCUCCCGCUGCCCCCACCUCCUCAACUUCUUCAAGGUGCGCCCUGACGACCUCAAGCUCCCCACGGACAGCCAGGUGAAAAAGCCAGAGACAUACCUGAUGCCCAGAGAUGGCAAGAGUAACGCUGCAGACAUCACGGGCCCCAUCAUCCUGCAGACGUACCGCGCCAUCGCUGACUAUGAGAAGAGCUCAGGCUCCGAGAUGGCUCUGGCCACAGGCGACGUGGUGGAUGUCGUGGAGAAGAGCCAGAGUGGCUGGUGGUUCUGCCAAAUGAAGACAAAGCGCGGCUGGGUCCCGGCGUCCUACUUGGAGCCCCUGGACAGUCCCGAAGAGGCAGAAGACCCAGAACCCAACUAUGCAGGUGAGCCCUACGUCACCAUCAAAGCCUACACUGCCCUAUUGGAGGACGAGAUGUCUUUGGAGCAGGGUGAAACCAUCGAGGUCAUUCAUAAGCUCCUGGAUGGCUGGUGGGUCAUCAGGAAAGAAGAUGUCACAGGUUACUUCCCAUCCAUGUACCUGCAACAGGCAGGGCAGGACACAGACCAGGCCCAAAGCCGGAUCAAGAGGGGAGCGCCGCCCCGCAGGUCGUCCAUCCGCAACGUGCACAGCAUCCACCAACAGUCACGGAAGCGCCUCAGCCAGGACACCUAUCGGCGCAACAGUGUCCGUUUUUUGCAGCAGCGCCGCCCCCGGGCGCGGCCGGGGCCCCAGAGCCCAAGGAGCCCGCUGAAGGAGGAGGAGCCGCCCAAGACCGAGCGCCCCAAGCCGCAGCCGGCCGUGCCCCCAAGGCCCAGCGCAGACCUCAUCCUGCACCGCUGCAGCGAGAGCACCAAGCGGAAGCUGGCCUCCUCCGUCUGAGGCCGCCCCCACAUGAUGCUCUCCCCACCUCCAGCCCCUAUCCCUGUAUAUACAUGUAUAGAGCCUGAGGUUUGGCGGCAGAUGGCAGCCCCUGGCCCCGCCCCACCUAGCUAUUCGCCACCCUUAAUAAAUGUUG